CUGACUCCAGCUGCUUCCCAACACAGCCCUGCUGCCUCCUCAGUGCGCAGGAUUAAAGAGAAGAAACUAGAAGGCAUCCAACCACCAGCAUCUCAAAGAGAGAAAGAGGCAAGUCCACGUGGACUUUACUUCUAGACCGAGAUGGAUGGAGAAGCCCCUGCUAAGCCAGGAGAACAAAAGGUCGCCAACCGGAGGGCAGGAUGGAAAAUGCACGUCAUCCUGGCACUGUGCCUGCUGCAAGCUGCUAAUGCGUUGAAGGGCCCGAGGCUGGUGUCUGGGAAGGCUGGGGGCACUGUCACCAUCCAGUGCCAUUACAACCCCUCGUCCAUCAACAGGCACCAGAGGAAGUACUGGUGCCGCCUAAGCCCCCUGAUGUGGCUCUGCCACACCAUUGUGUCCACCAACCACUACACUCACCUCCGCUACCGUGGCCGCGUGGCGAUCGCAGACUUCCCGCACAGUGGCUUGUUUGUGGUGAAGCUGUCCCAGCUGUCCUCGGAUGAUGCGGGGUCCUACCGCUGUGGCAUCGGAAACAGAAACGAAGUGCUAUACUCCAGCAUGAACCUGGCUGUCUCUGCAGGUCCUCCCAGCCCCAGCACCAGCCCCAGCGCCAGCCCCAGCGCCAGCCUCAGCCCCAGCGCCAGCACCAGCCCCAGAGCCACGUCAGCUGCUGGACUAAGCAGUGAGCACGUUCUGCCUGAACACCCAUCUUAUGGGGAAGGAGAACAGCCCAACAAGGGUGUUGGCCAAGUGGUUUAA